CUAACAUCCAACAUUUCCGAGGAUGCACCAAAAAUCUUUGGCAACUUGGCAUUCCUUUCUGAAUCCUUCAGAGCGGAUCCAACACAGAACAUAACACCACUUAGUUUGGAGGAUUUAGAAGUAUUUCAGACUCUUGAAGAAAUUACAGGAUAUAUAUACAUUGACUCGUGGCCUGAAGAACUGGCUAAUCUCAGUGUAUUUGAGAGUUUGCAUGUCAUUCGAGGGCGGCUCCUACAUAAUGGGGCAUAUUCGCUGGUUGUUCGCAAUCUUUCCAUCUCUUCUCUUGGCUUGCGGUCCUUGAAGGAGAUCAGCAGUGGAUUGGUGUUGCUAGAGGCAAACCCAAAUCUAUGCUAUUUGGACAGUAUCCCAUGGACAAAAAUAUUUCGGAGUCCUAGACAAGCUAUAUUGAAGACGACAAAUAAACCGCAG